ACUCAUCGCUUUAGUCCCUCAUAGAUUUGCUGAAUCUGUGGUCAAAUCGACUACUUCACUAUAAUUUUUUUUCACAUCACUAUUCACCACACAAUUUUUGAUCCACUUGCUAUCGUGAGAAGCGGUCUAGUGAGAAAAUAAAGUAGAAUGGCUUCCUUGUGCAGACAAAUUAUCAGAGGAAAUGCAGUACGAAGUGUACUGUUUUCUACCGCCAGACGCGGAUAUGCCGAUAAAAUGAUGGCCGACCCGCUGGAACACGCCACUGGUAUUGAAAGACAGGAGCUGCUUGCCAUGCAGGCUGGCAACGACGACCCCUUCAACAUGAAGGUGCUGAAGAAGGCUGCCGGCACCCGCGAAAACCCGACCCUCGUGCCCUCAUGCUUCGAUGCGCGCAUUGUUGGAUGCAUAUGUGAGGAACACGCCACAGCCGUCACCUGGCUCUGGUUACACAAGGACAACCCCCGUCGCUGCGAGUGCGGACACUGGUACAAACUGGUCGAGAAGCAGCCUCUACACUAAACAAAAUUAUUAGUUUAUUACAGUAGUGUUACAUCCGCAAUAAACACGCAUCUUUAAUCGCGCAAGCAUUUUCAUUGUCUAUGGUUCCUGGUGUUGCCAUGUGGAGGAUGCGUUAGUUUGACAAAUCAAUUAAAUAUUAAGCAUGUUUAUCAGUGUUUCAUUGCCCUUGUUGUAUUGAAUUGAGCUAGUAUAAGUUUAAUAAAUAUUUAACUGUG